UCGCUAUUCAGCAUCUUCUGGUUAAUGGAUUACACAGUUUCCCUCCAAGUGCAACAUCAGCUGGCGGUGUUCCCGACACACUUCUACCAGGGCUACAGUGUGGAGUUACAGAUGAAGUCAACGGAGGUGGACCAAGGGCUUUUCACAGACAGCUACUGCAAAGUGUGCAGCGCCCAGCUCAUCUCCGAGUCCCAGAGGGUCGCCCAUUAUGAGAGUCGGAAACACGCCAACAAAGUGCGGCUGUAUUACAUGCUACAUCCUGUGGAUGGAGGCUGCCCCGCCAAGAAGCUCAGAACAGACAACGGCAGCGACGAAGGCGACGUGGACAAGAAUAAAUGCUGCACACUGUGUAACAUGUCCUUCACCUCAGCGGUGGUGGCACAGUCACACUACCAGGGUAAAAUCCACGCCAAGAGGCUAAAACUGCUACUGGGGGAGCAGCCUGCCAUCACAACCAAAGAGGCGUCUCCCAGUCCUGUAAAGAGUUCCCCAGAAACGUCUCCCAUGACCUCCCCGCGACAGCGCCGCGACUCCGACCGUUACUGCCAGCUAUGCAACGCCUGGUUCAACAACCCAGGCAUGGCGCAGCAACAUUAUGAUGGCAAGAAGCACAAGAAGAACGCCGCCAGAGCAGACCUGCUGGAGCAGCUGGGCAAGACCCUGGAUAUGGGCGAGAUGAAAGGUCUGAAGCGGAGCUACACCUGUGAAGUCUGCAGCGUCACGCUGAACUCGGUGGCACAGUACCAUGCACAUCUGCAGGGCUCCAAGCACCAAAACAAUCUGAAGAAUCAGAUAUGCGUCCAGUGAGCGUGGGACGAAGAUAAAAACCAACUAUUGGAUUGAUGUCAGACAAGCUGUGGUCAGCUUGCCCUGCUUUUUCUGCCUCUGCCCUGCUUCUGCUCUCC